GGAGAUUUUGCACACUUCCCCUCGCUUCCUGGCCCUGAUUGGCCUGGGGACAGAGGGGGGUGGGCAGGGCAUCCGCGGGCCAGACCAAUUGGCUUGGUGGGCUGGAUUUGGCCCACGGAGGCUCUUUUGCCCACCUGUGGCCUAGAGGCAGAGAGCCUGUCUGAAUCCUGCUGCACCACCAACUGGACUUUUAGUGGCCCAGUCAGUGUGGUUGACUGGAACACCAAGGUCCCUUUUUGACGGGGGCUCUGGUCGAAAACUGGACACCUGGCAACCCUAAACUCCAUUGGGCUAGGGGCAUGGGUUAGUGGCAAAGCCUGGCCCCUGCAGGCCAUGCCUGGCUGUGUCCCCUGAUGUCGUCCAAAGGUGGGUCCCUGGUUCUAAGAGCUGCCCACACCUGGUGGCAGCAGUGGGAACUGUCGCCACAUCUCUCCCUCCCAGAAAGGUGAUUACUGUUUGUCCCCAUGGCUCUUGGACAUGGCGUAUUCUGCUUCCUGGUACUUUUUGGGACUCUUCCCUGUGCUAUCUGUUAUCAAGGGUGUUGGAAGAGAGAGAAUGGCUCUGUCCCAGUCUCUCCUCUUUACCACAGGCAGUGCAGUCACUCGUCUGGGCUCAGAUGGGUCUUCAUGCCCCCACACUGAGACUCUCCCUUCAGGUCUGUAGUCACUGAGCCUGGUUAGCAUUUUCCUUAGUAUUGAAGUGAGGGAAUUCCUAGGCCUCACCUGGUAGGUUUCUGCAGAGAUCUGAAGGCAGCCAGCUUGUCACCUUCAAUUGUUUCAUCCCUCCCCAUCCAUGCAAAGAAAAGCACCUGUUCUGACACGUUCCACCCAAGAUCUCCAAGGCUUUGCGCUCCACUCUCAUGAACCCUGCUCUGAAACAUUUUUAUCAUCUCCAGUUUGCAGCUGCGAAAACCAAAGGAUGCAGGGAGCAGGCCCAGCUAAAGGCGAGCGUGAUUGAAGAGGACACCGAGGAGUGGCAGAAGGAUUUGGCCUUUGCAGGACUGGAGAGAGUGGGAGGAGUAGACCUGUCUUAUGGCAAAGAAAAUGACACAAUUGCUUGUGCUUCCCUGGUGGUUCUCAGCUACCCAGAUCUGGAGGUGCUGUAUGAGGAUUGCCGGAUGGUGACCGUGAGUGCCCCCUAUGUGGCAGGAUUCUUAGCUUUCCGAGAGGUUCCUUUCCUGGUGGAAGCUGCUCAGAGACUUCAGGAGCGAGAGCCUGGCCUCAGGCCUCAGGUGCUGCUCGUGGACGGGAAUGGCAAGCUCCAUCCCAGAGGGUUCGGUGUAGCCUGCCACCUGGGGGUGCUGACAGGCCUCCCCUGUAUUGGUGUGGCCAAAAACCUCCUGCAGGUCCACGGCCUGGCCAAGGACGAGCUGCACAAGGAGCAGAUCCGCGACCUGCAGAUGGGCGGAGCCACGUUCCCUCUGACGGGCACCUCGGACAGAGUCCUGGGCAUGGCCCUGCGCAGCUACAACAAGAGCACGAAGCCCAUCUAUGUCUCUGUGGGCCACAGGAUAAGCCUGGAGUCGGCAGUGCGCCUGGUCCAGUCCUGCUGUAGGUACCGGAUCCCGGAGCCCAUCCGACAGGCUGACAUGCGAUCCAGAGAGUACAUCCGGAAGCACCUGCCCGCCCCGCUGGGGAGCACGGCUCCGGGGCCAGCGAGGCAGGAAGAGGCGGAGCCUAAGCAUUAAUCUGGCACCAGGAGGACACUGCCUGGCACCAGUAUGAACUGGAACCUUCAACCCUCCUCUUGGAUCAGAGCUCUGAGCCCUCUGGCUUGACACGGCACCAUGGCCGGCCGUCCAUGCCAGGAACUCGGGGCACAUCAUGGGGCGAAAAGCCAGGAGGACCGGAGAUAAACCAAGAGACUGGCUCCCCCAUGGCUCUGCUCAGGGGGGCCGGAGCCCCAGCUCUGAUGCUUGGCACGUUCUAGAGACUAUUUUAUAUGUCUGAUUUUCAAAGCACAUGUGGCAAAAAUACAUUCUGGCCAGCAGCCGUGCACUGAA